AGGAAGAGAUAGACGUGCAGCUCAGGGGGAAGUAGAAAGGGCAGUGCCAGCAUUAACAUAACUGACACAUACUGUUUAGAUCAGCUGUGUGCAAGCUUAAGUUUCAGGUUAACAGAAAUGGGGCCCUUAGCAGUAACUCAGAUCCUUGCCCUGAUCUCACUGACCGUUGCCCUAGACAACGGAUUACUGAAGACUCCCCCUAUGGGAUGGAUGGCCUGGGAACGCUUUCGCUGUGAUAUUGACUGUAAAGAUGACCCAGAGAACUGCAUCAGCGAGGACCUGUUCAGAGACACAGCUGAUCGACUGGCUGAAGAUGGCUGGAAGGAGCUGGGCUAUGAGUAUAUAAUCGUGGAUGACUGCUGGAUGUCAAUGCUGAGAGAUGAACAUGGGAGACUGCAACCUGAACCCUCCAGGUUCCCAGGGGGCAUUGCAAAACUGGCAAGGUAUAUCCAUGAUCGUGGAUUGAAGCUGGGCAUCUAUGCAGACAUGGGCACUCACACAUGUAUGGGAUUCCCUGGCACCACACUGGAUAAAAUCGAGAUCGAUGCCCAGACCUUUGCUAGCUGGGGGGUAGACUAUCUGAAGUUUGAUGGCUGUUACUCAAAUCCUGUAGAACAAAUUCUGGGUUACCCUCGGAUGUCCAAGGCUUUGAAUGCUACGGGCAGACCUAUGGCCUACUCCUGUAGUUUGCCUGUCUAUGUUGGAGGGCUUCCCCCUAAUGUGAACUACUCUUUUCUGGGUGAUAUCUGUCACCUGUGGAGGAAUUACUACGAUAUCCAGGACUCAUGGGACAGUGUGCAAGGCAUCAUUGAGUGGUUCUCCAACAACCAGGAUGAUCUGCAGCCAGCUGCAGGGCCUGGACGAUGGAAUGACCCCGACAUGCUCAUAAUUGGAAACUUUGGUCUUAGUGUGGACCAGGCUCGCUCUCAGAUGGCCCUGUGGGCUAUAAUGGCUGCACCUCUCAUCAUGUCUAAUGACCUCCGAAACUUGGACAACAGUGCAAGGGCCAUCCUGCAAAACAAAGUGGCCAUUGCCAUAAACCAGGACCCCAUGGGAAUCCAGGGAAGGCGCCUGUUACAGGAGAAGAAUCGUAUAGAGGUUUACUGGAGGCCUCUGUCUCAUUCAGCCAGUGCCCUUGUGUUCCUGAGUCGACGGACAGACAUGCCCUACCUCUACCACACUUCUCUGGCUAAACUCAAAUACGAUGCUGGCAACUAUGAGGCCUAUGAUGUUUUUACUGGCUCAACAGUGACUGGGUUGAACGCCACCACACAGUUAACAUUCUCCAUCAAUCCCUCGGGUGUUGUCAUGUGGUACAUCUACCCAGAAAAACAGUCCAGACAGAGGGAAACACUCCACUACCAGAACAAGAAGGCCUCACAAUUGACAUCCCACAAAGCUAAACCUGGGCAUCUUACUGUGUUAUGAAGGAACUGUUGUGGAGAAUAAAAUUGCUACUCUGGAA